AUGAAACCAAAUUUAUAAAUAGAAUACCAAUCUCAUACUACUUCAUCCCUUUAUCAAGCGUUAUCCAGAAUUUUGAGAGAAGAGAGAGAAAAUGAAUAUGAAUAUGAAGAUGAUCAUGAUGAUGACGAAGAUGAAGAUUCCCCUACUCAUAAGGCAAUAAUCAUAAUUAUAGCUUUGUGUAUUGGAUUAUUAAUUAUUGGAAUACUUACAUAUAUUGUAAGAUGCCUUUGUUUGAGAGCCAAAUAAAGAAGAAUUGCUUAGGUAAGGCAAUAGUCAGAAGCUGCUUAUUAAUAAUAAAAUAUUCAAAUAGAGUCUUUAUGUAUAUAAACUUAAGAACUGGCUCAAUGUCCUAUUUGUUUAAUGCCUAUUCCAAGUUGUUUCUUGAUAAUAACUCCUUGUCAUCAUUCUUUCCAUAAAGCUUGUCUCAAUUUAUGGCUCCAAGUUGAAAAAAUAUGUCCUUCAUGCAGAACUUCUCUAAAUUUAUGA